ACUUAAUUAAAAUUUGUGUUGCUGCUUGUGUUUAAAUACGAAAAAAAAUAAAUAAAUAAAAAAAAAGACUUCAAAACGGCUUCGUACUCAAAAAUCAUUGCAUUCAAAUCAAUUCUGUAUUGUGGCAGAAUCACUGAUAAAACAUUUCAAAUAAAUGGAGAAAAUUGAACGUCGCUCCUUAGUAUUAAAGCCGUCGUCAUCCAAUGAGUAUCCUGAAAGUUAUAUGUGCCUGAUCAACAAGAUGCUGUUAAAAGUUGAAAAUACACUGUUGCGUAGUCAUCGUCAACGUGAGACCACCGGAAUUAAGAAAUUAUAUAAUUCGUUUUUUGUCCUGUUUUAAUUUAUUUAUUAAAGCGAAAGAAACAAUAAAAAGUAU